AUGAGCAGCAGCGCCCAGGCGUCUGCUUCCCUGCAGUCCACCGACGCGCAGCGAAGCUGCGCCUUCUGGGACGGCUUGGACAUCAAGGGCAGCGUGUGCCCGCAGCAGUGGCAGGGCCAGUACGCCGGGACUGCCUCGUGCAAGUCGUGCUGGGAGGGAGAGGACUGCGGGUGGACUUGCGACCUGACGGACGGCACCAAG